GGCUCCGUGCGGUACGGCUCGGCGCUCACGGAGCUCACCGCUGGACGCUCAACGGCGCCCGCGCCGCUGCAACGAGUAGAGGAGAUCCCGCCUGCAGGAAGGUCCAGUGCCAAUUUGAAUUCUGUGGAGCACAUUGCCAAUCUUGGCAGGAUUGUCCUACCACGCCUAUUGUAUAGUCUGGAUUUGGCAUUUUCUGACUGAUAUCUUUUUGGGCUGAUGAAAGAUGGACUGCAUGGAGAGUGUCAGUCUGCUAUAUCUGAUCUACAAUGAAUGCCAAAUCUGCAAUCAACAAAGAAAUUUUUGCCCCCCAUGAUGAAAGGAUGCUGGGAGCUGUCCAAGUUAAAAGAAGAACGAAAAAAAAGAUUCCUUUCCUUGCUACUGGGGGUCAGGGUGAAUAUUCAACAUAUAUCUGCCUGUCAGUGACAAACAAAAAACCAGCUCAAGCAACUAUUACAAAGGUCAAGCAAUUUGAAGGGUCUACAUCAUUUGUUAGGAGAACACAGUGGAUGCUUGAGCAGCUUCGCCAGGUCAACGGUAUUGAUCCUAAUCAGGAUUCGCCAGAAUUUGAUUUAGUAUUUGAAAAUGCUUUUGACCAAUGGGUAGCAAGCACUGCUUCAGAAAAAUGCACAUUCUUUCAGAUUCUUCAUCACACAUGUCAGCGAUAUCUUACAGACAAGAAGCCAGAAUUUAUCAACUGCCAGUCUAAAAUUAUUGGAGGAAACAGCAUACUCCAUUCAGCUGCAGACAGUGUGACAAGUGCAGUACAGAAGGCAAGUCAGGCUUUGAAUGAGCGUGGUGAAAGGCUAGGUCGAGCAGAAGAAAAGACGGAGGAACUGAAAAACAGUGCUCAGCAGUUUGCAGAAACUGCACACAAGCUUGCAAUGAAGCACAAAUGCUGAGAUACUGCCCAAAGUUGAAAUAUUCUCGAAAGAAACUGAAAAGCCUAGGUUGAGCAGUUUUUACAGGAGAUGAAGACUUGUGUGUGUUUUUUUUCAUUCCAGUUCAGUGGAGAUGCAUUCUUUCAGCUUCCGUGCAGGAAAAGAUGUUGCUUUUCUACCUUUUUGACUUAUAUUUUGUUCCUCUUUUGUAAUACUGCAACACAAUCUUGCAGUACUUUGUACCUCUAUUUCUGUUUAUUACAGGAACUAAAGUGAACAAGGGAGAUGGACCAAAUGACAAAGUUGAUCCAAAUUAAAAUAGUAAUAUUCUUUGCCAGUACUCCUCCCUGGUAUUGCAUAGAAGAGUAUUUUAAUUAAGUGCAGACAUGCAUGCAGAAAUAAAAUCCAAAGAAGGGAUACAUGUUUCUUGAAUUUAUGUAGCAUCAGCAGAAUAUGAAUGUUGGAAUUAAACACAUGAGGAUUUAACUGUGGUCGAGAAUACUGCCUUGGGAAACAGAAAACUUGUUAAGCCUACCCAGUGUAGAAAGUUUUGCAUGUGCCAACACCAGCAUUCUGAAGGGCAUAUCUGAAUUUCACAGGGGAAUCUGUUUCCAGUGCUGCAUUUUGAAUAUUUCUAUUUUAACUUCCAGAUGGAUUGUUCGAAGAGAAAAAUGAAAGAAACAUACAGUGAAUGUAUGUGUGAUGUUUCAAAACUGAGGAAAAAGAGAAUGAUAAAUCUAUAUGUAUAGCUGUGCCUCAGAAAUAAACUAGUGUCUAGCAAUCUGGUGUAAAGUAACAUCUCAUAUUAUUUUUUAGCAGAAGCUUCAGUCUUCAUCUUCUGGAGAUGCAUGCACUUUAAAAGCAAUGCACUUCAGAAACGUUUGUCCUCAUCUUACUGGAGAGCCAGAGAACUGGCAUUAAAUGAAUGCACUUUGGUUUUCACUUUCAAUGCAGAAUAAGAUAUUUCCAUUGUUAAUGACACUUUAAACAAUCUGAAGCCCUCCAAGCAGUGCUAGACAAAAGAUAAAAUCUUCUGUCACAAUUAAGAUACUUCAAUUACCACAAGCUGAUGUAACUGAAGUUCUGGCUUGGAAAUACUCAUGUUGUAAAAAGAUGUUUGUCUUUAGAAAAACUUUAAGACAUUACAUUCUUAUCGGUACAUUCAAAAUGUGCAUCUAUUUUUUAAAUAAUUAAGCUGUUUUAAUGAUGCUUAUUAUUUAACCCAACACUGAAAACUGACAGAAGGUGUAUUUUUGUCGUCUAUGUAGUACCACACAAUCAUUUAUACAGAUUUAGCAUCAUUAAAUUGAUAAGAAUUUUCUAAAUUCAGAUAGAAAUAUAAUAGAUUUUCAGACUUUUACAUGAAUUUCUGCUGAAAAGGUGAAGGUCACAGUUGCAAUGCGAAGUUCCAGAUCUUUUGUGAGUUCAGCUGCUCUAAAACACUGCUUUAAUCCCAAUGGCAGUUCUUCAGGAUUUUUUUGUAUAUUCUCCAGUUAAUAGUAUUGUGUUAUGUAUCAUAACUCAGGACUUUUAUUCAGCCAUAAAAAGCCAUUUACUAUCAAAAUUCUGAGUAACUUAGUGUUACUAAAUGAAGGAAAAGGGGGUUAUUUAUGUAUUCACCUUCUUCUUGCUGUUCAUUUAACUACUAAAUUUGGUAGUUUGUAGAAAAAGAAAAAGAAAAAAAAAAAAAAAAAAGAGAUGUAUAAAUGUCCAUACAGAGAUAAAUAGAUAAAUCUUAUAGCAUUACAAUUUCCUCCUGGAAAUCAGUUUGUAGCAUAUACAACAUAGUAUUAUUAGAUAGUGAUGUACAUAACGUAUACUAUAAUUCAGGUUAGUGUUUCACAUGAAAGAAUGUAUUUGUAAAUUGUAACAACAUCAAUAGUUUAUCUUUUUAAAGUUCUGCAAGGAAAAAAAUAAUGCAUUGUUAGACUUGAAACUACUGUGCUGCAAAUUCUGUCUUAAAAGGCUAUUUUUGAGUCAAGAGUAGUUGUGCAUUAUGUGAAAUAUUAACAAAAAAGUGCUCCUAAAUUGUUGGUAGGUUUUGCUAUGAUUUACCAAAAUUGUAAUAGUUGCUGGUAUCUAUGUAACCAAUUCCUCAAAAGUUCUCAGAGAUGUAGAAAUUUUGUGCCAUUCUGGGAAAACAAAAAGUGGGACCUGCUCUCUUGUGUAAUUACUGGAAAUCCUAUUUUUUAUUUUUAUUUUUUGUCAUUAAAUACUUCAAAUGUGGUCAA